AUGCCAGAAGCUGCGCGAGUUGCAGCAUACUGUAGCGGAACGCUUUCUGGAUUCGUUGUCAUCGUUUGCACUCUUGGAUUUGUAGUAAUCACUAAUGAUAUCUUAUUAAUGUACGAUGACGUCAUGGGGAACAUAAAAGAAUUUAAGGAAAUUUCCGACGGAACAUGGUCAUAUAUCGCCACUUUCCACGGUAUACCAGGACAAAAGUCAAUUUUCUACAAAUUCUCUCGACUUAAAAGGAGUGAAUCAACUACAUGCAACUGUGGUUUACCCCGACGUGACUGCCCACCAGGACCACCAGGUCCGCCAGGGUUGCCCGGUAAACCAGGUGACGUUGGCGCUGACGGCAAAAAUGGGCCGAUAGGUGCGCCUGGAGUAAGACCGCCAGGGCCACCAUCGACAAGACCUCCGGUUCUUAUUAUCUGCCCUCCGGGUGAAAAAGGUCUACCUGGUCUUGCCGGUCCUCCCGGACUGCAAGGACGACCGGGUCAGCAGGGCAAACGAGGAGUUAGUGGUGCAGACGGAGAACCAGGUGAACGAGGUGAACAAGGCGACAUAGGAGAGCCUGGAAUGGCUGGACAGAAUGGCAUAGACGGACCUCCUGGACAGGAUUGCUUCACUGGGGUUGGUACACCUGGAAUGCGAGGAAGACCAGGACUACGUGGUCCAGAAGGCCCUUCUGGAAAGCCAGGCACGAAUGGAGAGGAAGGUGACCCUGGUGAGGAGGGACCUCAAGGAGCGGAUGGUUUAGAUGGACAAGAGGGUUUCCCCGGCGAGGAUGGUCAGGCUGGAUUGGCAGGAAAACCUGGAGAUGAUGGAGGCUAUUGCGAAUGUCCUGCUAGAGGUUCCGUUAAAAGACUGAGAAGAAGAUUAUAA